GCAGAGAAAGUCGCGGGCAAAAGAUAGCAUAUGAUAUCUUAGAAACAAUCCGAUGCAAUUAUCAAGACAAGGAAGUUUUAUCGAUUUAAUCGACAAAAUAUCACCGUUCUGUGUUAUUUAAAUGUCGAACAAUGUGGUAGGCAACGGUGUGUUCCAAAGAGUACUUGUGAUGACAAAUAUGUUUUCUUUAAACAAGAUAGUGCUUAUUGUGACAAUUAUACACGGAACCCAAGCGGCUCGGAUCCUAGGCGUGUUCCCUACACCCUCAAUCAGUCAUCAAGUAGUCUUCCGUCGUCUGACCUUAGAGCUUCACAAAAGGGGUCAUGAACUAGUGGUUGUGACCACUGACCCGGUGUUCCAAACAGGACAAGCACCUGCGAAUUACACAGAAAUAGACGUACACGACGUUUCUUAUUCAGCCUGGAGAGACGGCUUCAUGAAAACCUCUAGGGGAAGCGCCAAUGAUAUUUACGAACAAAUUUCCAGAAUGUUGAACUUAAGAAUAGAUUUGUUUGAAUUGCAGAUGAAAAAUAAAGAAGUGCAGUCGCUGCUGAGGAAGAGAAAAGAGAGCAAGUUUGAUUUGCUCCUUCUAGAAGCAUGCAUCAGACCAACGAUGGUCUUGACGCAUGUGUUUGAUGCACCGGCAAUCCUCAUCAGUUCAUUUGGGGGUGUAGAAUUCGUCUUGAAAAUGAUUGGUGUCCCAACCCAUCCUAUAUUAUAUCCACCUUCCUUGCACCAACGAAUUUAUAACUUAACAUUUUCGGAGAAAGUCCGAGAGGUUUACACUCAUUACUAUUUGGAAUAUCUAUAUUGGCGAUCUGAACCCCAGGAGAAUCAAAUGGCAAAAAGGCUUUUCGGCCCGAACACUCCAACCAUCAGAGAAACACAGAAGAACGUACAGAUGGCACUCCUGAAUGUUCACGCGAUUUGGGAGGAAAAUCGUCCUGUCCCUCCGAAUGUUAUAUACAUUGGAGGUAUUCAUCAGAAUCCCGAAAAGGAAUUGCCCAAGGAUUUGAAGGAAUAUUUAGACUCUUCAAAACAUGGCGUUAUAUACAUUAGUUUCGGCACCAACGUGGAACCAUCGCUACUACCUCCAGAACGGAUUCAAAUCCUCGUCAAAGUAUUUUCCAAGCUGCCUUACGAUGUGCUCUGGAAAUGGGACAAAGAUGAACUGCCCGGGAGCUCAAAGAACAUCAGAAUAGCAAAAUGGCUGCCUCAAUCAGAUUUACUGAGACACCCAAAGAUCAAGGCAUUCAUAACUCAAGGGGGUCUGCAAUCGACGGAAGAAGCAAUCACAGCUGGAGUGCCACUGAUUGGAAUGCCUAUGUUGAUGGACCAGUGGUACAAUGUCGAGAAAUACGUUCGACACAACAUCGGCUUGAGACUCGAUUUGGGUUCCGUUACAGAGGAAUCUCUCAGGAACGCCAUCGACACUAUUACUGGUGAUGAAAGCUACCGUCAGAAUAUAGCUCGUCUCCGUAGUCAGGUCUACGAUCAGCCCCAGAGCUCAGUUGACCGCGCCGUGUGGUGGACUGAGCACGUGCUGCGCCACGGAGGAGCCACUCAUCUCCGAGCCGCAGGAGCCUUGAAAUCUUGGACUGAAUAUUUUGAACUAAAUUUAAUUGCAGUUUUACUAGUCACUUUCCUAAUUGUGAUUGCAUUAAUUGCAACUUUAAUAUCUUCUUUAGUGACGUCAAUGAAAUUGUAUUUUAAUUAUUAUGACAAAUUAAAAAAACGAGAAUCAAAUGGUAAAACGGAUUUUCGGCCCAACACUCCAACUGUCAGAGAAACACAGAAGAACGUGCAGAUGGCACUUCUGAAUGUACACGCGAUUUGGGAGGAAAAUCGUCCUGUCCUGAAUGUUAUAUACAUUGGAGGUAUUCAUCAGAAUCCAGAGAAGGAAUUACCCAAGAACAUAGAAAUGAAGUUUUAUAUAUUACUUGCUUUAAUUUUAACUGACGGGAAAGAAGCGGCACGGAUUUUGGGCGUUUUUCCGGUGCCCUCAAUCAGCCACCAAGUGGCUUUCCGACCUUUAACAUUAGAGCUAGCAAAACGAGGCCACGAGCUAGUCGUCCUCACCCCAAACCCUGUCUUCGCUAAAGGGAAAUCUCCAGAAAACUACACAGAAAUAGAUGUCCAUGACAUAUCUUACCAAAUUUGGAAAAAAGGCUUCCUUGAAACAUCAAGAGGAAAACGUCAAGAUAUCUUCGAACAAUCUAGAGUAGCAAUGGAUGUACUGUAUGAUAUUUUUUCCCAACAAUUAUUGACCGAUGAGUUCCAAGCUAUACUAAAAAGCGAAAAAAAGUUCGAUUUGCUAAUUCUAGAAGCCAUGAUGAGACCGGCCAGAAUACUUUGUCACGUGUUCAAUGCACCCGCUGUAAUCAUAAGUUCCUUGGGCGGCAUUGGAGAUAUUUAUGACACAGUUGGAGCCGCAACCCAUCCAUUGCUGUAUCCAAUUGUGACGCGGCAAAAACUUUACAAUCUAUCGUUUUGGGAAAAGUUAAGUGAAAUGCACAAUCAUUAUACCUUUGAACGCAUGUGGAAAGAGUACGACAAGAAAGAGAAUGAGCUGGUUAAGAGCGUCUUUAGCUCCAAUGUCCCAAAUCUAAGCGAAAUGGCGGAUAGAAUCAGCUUGAUACUAUUGAAUGCACAUUCGAUUUGGGAACAGAAUCGUCCGGUUCCACCGAAUCUUAUUUACGUUGGAGGAAUCCAUCAGAAGCCACAACAGGAAUUGCCUUCGGAUCUUAAAACCUAUUUAGAUUCAUCCAAACACGGGGUAAUUUACAUCAGUUUUGGGACGAACGUGGUACCUUCACUGUUGCCGCCAGAACGAAUCCAAAUCCUGAUUAAAGUGUUCUCCCAACUGCCCUACGAUGUGCUGUGGAAGUGGGAUAAAGAUGAGCUGCCGGGAAAGUCGAAAAACAUCAGGAUUUCAAAGUGGCUGCCACAAUCUGAUCUGCUUAGGCAUCCAAAGAUCAAAGUUUUCAUUACCCAAGGUGGUCUGCAGUCAACAGAAGAAGCGAUCACUGCGGGAGUACCCCUAAUUGGGAUGCCGAUGUUGGGCGACCAGUGGUACAACGUGGAGAUGUACUUGAUUCAUAAAAUCGGAUUAAGACUUGAGCUGGAUGAGCUUUCUGCAGAGAGACUCCGGAAUAAUAUUGAAGAGAUCAUCGAUAAUGAAAGCUAUCGUCAGAACAUAGCUCGUCUCCGGAGCCAGAUGUACGACCAGCCUCAGAGCUCGUUGGAGCGCGCUGUAUGGUGGACGGAGCACGUGCUGCGUCACGGAGGAGCCAAACAUCUCCGAGCUGCCGGCGCCAAUAUCUCCUGGCCACAAUACUUGGAAUUGGAAUUAGUUUCAGUAUUACUCAUUAGUGUUCUUAUAACACUAACGAUUUUGAGUUACAUUAUAUUGUAUUUAUGGAGGCUUCUACGUACUUACAAAGAUAUAGUUAAAAUUAAAAGAUCUUAA